CUUUUCCCUCCUGCAGAAAAUGCGAUGGUUCAAGCGGGCGGCCUCGCUUCGAGAAGCACCGAGGAUCCAAUUUACGAAGGAACAUUAACAUUUCAAGUGUUAGAACACCAAUGAACAUUACAGUAGAAAUGCCAAAGGAAAUAUUUCUGACGAGAGAUCAUCCUUCAUUAUUCAGAUCCUGCGAGACUGGGUAGUAUUUUUGGUAUGCCAGAAAAACUUUCUGGAGGCAACACAGCACAAGACAUGAUGCCGCUGAUGGUCUCUGAUGAGGGCCCUAAACAAAGGAACUGGGGCUUACUGGUCACCGGCAUCAUUGGUGGGACAUUAGUGGCCCUGUACUCUGUUGCCACGCCAUUCAUUGCCCCCGCACUGAGGAAGCAUUGCCUGCCAUAUGUCCCUGCAACUUCAAAGCAGGUUGAAAAUGUCCUGAGGAUGCUAAAGGGCAGAAAUGGACCCCUGGUUGAUAUCGGUAGUGGAGAUGGCCGCAUUGUAAUAGCAGCUGCAAAAGUUGGGUUCAAAGCUGUGGGUUACGAAUUAAAUCCUUGGCUCGUGUGGUAUUCCAGGUACUGUGCCUGGAGAGAAGGAGUUCAUCAGAAUGCCAAAUUUUACAUUUCAGACUUAUGGAAGGUCAGUUUUUCCCAGUACACAAACGUCGUUAUAUUUGGAGUACCUCAAAUGAUGCUGCAACUGGAGAAGAAGCUUGGGGAAGAGCUAGCAGUGGAUGCCAGAGUCAUUGCCUGCCGUUUUCCUUUCCCCCACUGGAGACCAAAUCAUAGCUUUGGAGAGGGCAUUGACGCGGUGUGGGCAUAUGAUUCAGAAUCCUUUAGGAUGAAAGAAGAAAAUGACCUGAUUAAGACUAAGCGCAUUCUUUCUGAUUAGUUUAAAUUCCAGAAGUGUUGCACUGGUGCCUUUAAACGAUGAAUGUGGGCAUUUUAUAGAUAGUAUUGUGUCUCUUAGGCAGGUGGGAGAAGAUUUCAGAAGUGGUCGCACUAAAUACUUCCCUGGACAUUUCCUGUAUCUAGUCAAGGAGGGCUUCAGUCAUGAAAAAUACUUGUACAACUCCCCCCCCCCCAGUCAUGGUUAGAUGGGAUAUAACUUUAAUUUUAAAAAGUAAAUGACAGAAUUGUCACUUACCAAUUCUUAAAAAUCCACUGGUAAAAUGUGUCCUCAGUUAUAUGUGUAUUUUGCUAUAAUGCAUAAUCAAUUGUAAUAUCUAACAAGGUUUUAUUAAAAAUUGGGCUGUCUGAUACAGCUAACUUUC